UCCUCUCAAAGUCUUGCAUUUAAAAAACACAAUUAGGGUUUAUUCAUUAACAUAAACACAUUAAAGACAUCAAUAUAUCAAUAUAUCAAGCGAUCUCUUCUGAUUUAAUGGGGAAAGGAGGUGGAUGCAUUCCGAGCAAAAAUAAUCCGCCGAGAAUCCUCGACGACAAUCCUCCCAUCAAAAACGACGCCGUUCGCUCGCCAAACUCAAAAAAACUGAAAAUCUACAUUGUGUUCUACUCAAUGUACGGCCACGUGGAAGGCCUGGCGAAGAGGAUUAAGUCGGGAGUGGACUGCGUUGACGGAGUUGAGGCCGUGUUGUUUAGAGUGCCGGAGACGUUAUCGGAGGACGUGUUGGCGAAAAUGAAGGCGAAUGAGAAGGACGCUGACGUGGCGGAGAUUUCGUCGGCGGAGGAGCUGGUGGAGGCGGAUGGAUUCUUGUUUGGCUUUCCGACGAGGUACGGGUGUAUGGCUGCGCAGAUGAAGGCGUUUUUUGAUUCCACGGGGAAGCUGUGGAGGGAGCAGAGGCUUUGUGGCAAGCCUGCGGGGUUUUUUGUCAGUACCGGGACGCAAGGCGGUGGACAGGAGACCACUGCGUGGACAGCUAUUACCCAAUUAGCGCACCACGGAAUGCUAUAUGUUCCUAUUGGAUAUACCUUUGGAGCUGGUAUGUUUGAGAUGGAUUCUAUCCGUGGGGGUUCUCCAUAUGGUGCUGGUGUCUUUGCUGGAGAUGGCACAAGAGAACCGACUGAAACAGAGCUAGCACUUGCAGAGCAUCAGGGCAGGUAUAUGGCUGCUAUAGUAAGGAGGCUCGCACGAACUUGACAAAGUAUUCUAGCUUAUAGGAAGUGUCUGGGGUCUAUAUUAUUCUUUAUGGAGUAUCUGCAUCUGGGGUCUAUAUUAUUCUUUUUGGAAAUGUUGCUUGAGAAUGGGAAUGUCUUUAUCUGGCGUCCAGGUCCAUAGUAUUCUUUAUGCAUGGGUUGAGAUUUCCCUCUAGUCUACCUGGAUUGGAUUUUGAUAACAAGUUAUAUACGUUUCAUUAAAUAUGAUUGUUUCUCCC